ACUUAUUAAAAAAGAAAAGAAAUAAAACUAGGUCGUAACUCGUAAGCUGCGAGCUCCUUAGCACCAGUGCACCCACGCGCGCGUGUUACCAGAGCACAAAGUAACUACCCACGCGCACUGCUUCAAAUAGCGAACGAAACCCCAAAAUUCCCAAAACCUUGUCGAAACCUUUCUUCUGCAUUCUCCAAAACCCUCAUACAUGUCUGAGUCAAUGCACGCCGUCGAAUCGCCACCUCCGGUGGUGCCGCCGGCCUCUGAUCUCGGAUUCGACGACUUCUCCGCCGAGUUCGAGAACCUUCCCAUCCCAUGCAUGGACUCUCUGUUCGACAACGACGCGCUUCCCUCGGAAGCCUUCGCCUCAGAUCUCGAAUUCGGCUUUGAUUUCGGCGACAAUGGAGAAUUCGAGAUCACCUUCGAUGAUCUCGACAGCAUCUGCAUCCCCUCCGACGCCGAUGAUUUCCUUCUUCCCGAUGCAUGCAACCCUAACGGCGCUUCCAUUUCGCCGUCAAUCGACGAUCCCGGCGAUUCUCCUGCAAAAAAUUUCGAUUAUCACAUUACCAAUUCCGAUUCGUUGGAUUCCGGCACAUCUGCGGUUUCUGGCGAUCGAAGCUCCGGCGUUUCUAGGUUUUUCAAUUCGCAAGCGUUGGACUCGGUCUCCAUUGAUAAUUCGGGUAAACAGGGCUCGCAUAAUUCAGUUGAUGUUAAAGUUUCUAGCUCUCCUUCGCCGGAGUCGGAAUCUAGCGACCGGGAAGAGUCUUCUGAUGGACCGGUUUCGUCUCAGGGUUCAGGCAACGGAGGGUCUGGUGUAUAUGAAGCUAUGAACUCGCCCUCACUUGAUUCUGGCCGCUAUGAGAGGGACAUAACAUCUUCCCAUGGACAUGCAGUUAUGGAUAAAAGUAUAAAAUUGGAGGAAAUUGGUGUUAAAGGUUGUGAUCUGAAGAGGAAGAAAGAGUGUUGUGAAGGAAGUGCUGAGAAUAGAACUACCAAGUACAGAAGGUCCUCCUCUGUGGCUUUGGAAAACAAGACCCAGGAACAAUCUCAAUCUGGUGUGAAUGCGAUUGAUGAUGAGGACGAGAAAAGGAAGGCCAGGUUGAUGAGGAACAGGGAAAGUGCACAGCUUUCUAGGCAGAGGAAAAAGCAUUAUGUGGAAGAGCUUGAGGAGAAGGUAAGAUCAAUGCAUUCCACCAUUACUGAUCUGAGUAGUAAGAUAUCGUUUGUCAUGGCUGAGAAUGCUACGCUUAGACAGCAAUUAGGUGCUGGUGUGAUGUGUCCUCCUCCUCCUCCAGCGCCAGGGAUGUACCCUCAUCCUCCCAUGGCGCCUAUGCCUUAUCCUUGGAUGCCUUGUGCUCCCUAUGUUGUCAAGCCUCAAGGCUCUCAGGUUCCUUUGGUCCCCAUUCCUAGGUUGAAGUCUCAGCAGCCAGUUGCAGCUUCCAAGAGUAAAAAGAAUGAGGGUAAAAAGACUGAGGUGAAAACCAAGAAGGUUGCCAGUAUUAGUUUGUUGGGUUUGUUUUUCUUUAUCAUGCUUUUUGGUGGGCUUGUUCCUCUGGUAGAUGUUAAAUUUGAAGGUUUAGUAAACAAUGUUCCUAGUGGGUAUAGCUAUGUUAGCGAUAGGUUGUAUGGUCAGGGUGGAGGUAAGGUUUGGCCUGUGAAUGGUGGUCAUAUAAAUGGAUCUGAAAGAAUCGAGGAAGUAGGAUUUUCUAGUGGAGGGUUUGGUGUUUCUGAUAGAAUUAAUUAUGAGAGGGGCCGGAAAUUGGGAGAAGAAACGCAUGAAUGGCAAGACCCAAAUAGUUUUGUUCAUCGGGGCAAUGCCAGUGAGCCUCUGGUUGCUUCUUUGUAUGUUCCUAGGAAUGAUAAGCUGGUGAAGAUUGAUGGAAACUUGAUAAUCCAUUCUAUUAUGGCCAGUGAGAAAGCAAUGGCUUCUCAAACUGCUGAGGCAAAGAAGGACAAGAGAGAAACUGGUUUGGCCAUUCCUACUGAUUGGGAUUCUGCAUUGGCUAUUCCUCAAGUUGGAAGAAAUAGAGGUCAACAUCCACACGUGUAUAGGGUUUCUCCUGAACAGAGGAAGGCUCUCGGCUCUGGUUCAACCAAAGCUUUGAAGGACCACAUGAAGUCCUCUGCGACUGAUGGAAAAAUGCAACAGUGGUUUCGGGAAGGUCUUGCAGGGCCCAUGUUAAGUUCUGGCAUGUGCACUGAAGUUUUCCAGUUUGAUGUUUCUCCAACUCCUGGUGCUAUAGUUCCUGCAACAUCAGUAGCCAAUAUUUCUACCGAGAACCGUCGGAAUGCUACCUCAGGCAACAAGACCAGGAAUAGAAGAAUCCUCCAUGGUCUUCCAGAUCCAUUUGCUGGAUCCAGUCUGAACAUAACUGAAGAACAUGUAAGAAAUUCGCAUAAAGAUCACCUCCAUGGUAAUAAAUCUUCUACGGUGGUUUCGGUGCUUGUUGAUCCCAAAGAGGCUGGAGAUGGUGAUGUUGAUGGCGUGGUGACCCCAAAGUCACUCUCUCGGAUCUUUGUGGUGGUGCUUAUGGACAGUGUCAAGUAUGUAACUUACUCAUGUGGUCUUCCUCGUGUUUCUCCCCAUCUGGUGACUGCUUAUGUAUGACAAUACAUACUUUCUCCGUUAUACACCCAUCUAACCUGAGUUUUAGCUUCUGUAACAAAAGAUGGGGACUGGGAAGGAAGGAAACCCAGCUCCAGUUUUGUACAUAUCAUAUUUAAAGUAGCAGGCUUUAUGUUCCAAGUACCUCGUAAAAGUGUACUGAGAAUUUAGAAGUUGGCCUUGAAUGGGGUUGACCUAUGUCGUGUACCGACUUGCAACCUUUCUCAGAAAAUUAAUAUUAUGCUCAUCUUGAGAGUUUUUAUAAGCGGGUCCCUUUUCAUGAAUUAUUGAAUUUAUAGUGGAAAUGUGUGUUUGAGACCACGCUUGUAAACUUGGUUUUGGAAUAAAGUUAAUUUCAAUUUUUUGGAUCGAGUUUAAGAAACCAAGCAUUAGUAAACUUUUAUUGGAAUAAACAAAUUAUUAUUAUUUUUUAUCGUUAAUGUAGUAAAUAUUUUUUAAUAAAAAUUUAUUAUUUUU